UUCCCUUCCGAGUGGCCCCAAUUGAUUACAGUACAGUUGCAACUCACGCCGUCGUCAGCGCCUGGGUCUGUCUGCGCCUGGCGAUGGCUUGUUCGACUUGGCUCCACCUCCACUACUCGCCGUUCUCUCUCCUCCCAGUCAUCUGUCGCUGCAAAUUUCUUCUUCCCUCUAAUCCCCGCCGCUGCCGGCGGCCCAUCCCAACCGGCAGGUUCAUCUCCACUCAAAACCAGUUCAAAUAUCUUCCAUUGGAAGUCCAGGCUCAGGCUAAACGAGGCCUCUCAUUCAAAGAAGACCAAGCAGCCUUACCUGCUGAUUUGAAUUUCGAGGCACCUCUCAAAAUUGUGGAAUACCCGGACCCUAUACUCAGAGCCAAGAAUAAGCGGAUUGAUACAUUUGACGAUAAUUUGAAGAAAUUAGUUGAUGAGAUGUUCGAUGUCAUGUACAAGACUGAUGGUAUUGGGCUCUCAGCACCCCAAGUUGGAAUUAAUGUUCAGCUUAUGGUGUUUAAUCCUGUUGGAGAACGUGGUGAAGGACAGGAGAUUGUUCUUGUAAAUCCUAGAGUCAGCAAAUACUCCAAAAAGAUGGUGCUCUUCAAUGAAGGAUGCUUAUCCUUUCCGGGGAUCUAUGCAGACGUGGAAAGACCAGAAUCUGUAAAGAUUGAUGCAAGGGAUAUUACUGGUGCCAGAUUUGUUGUCAAUUUGGCAGGCCUUCCUGCACGUGUAUUUCAGCAUGAAUUUGAUCAUUUGCAGGGAAUUCUUUUCUUUGAUAGAAUGACUGAAGAAGUUCUUGAUGGUAUUCAGGCAGAGCUUCAGGCCUUGGAAAAGAAAUAUGAAGAUAAGACGGGAAAUCCAAGCCCAGAAAAGAUAGCUACCAGACAAAGAAGGAAGGUGGCUGCUGGUUUUGGAAAAUCAUGAACUUUAGGUAUAGGGUUCUGGGAGUGCAUCAGGAUUCUGCUGAACUGAAACGUGGGUUGGAAACAAUUAUGCACUGUUGUUGGUUCAAUAGACGAUUGAUUAAAUGGUUCUUGACAUAUCAGGGAUAGCAAUAAAUUUAGUAUGCACCAUAUGUUUAUAAUGGGAAUCAAAUAUGUAAAGCAAUGAAUUUCUGGAAGAAUUUUUGCCAAUAGCGUUCUGAUAUUGUGUCCCUGGCUUGAGCAUUGAGCCACAUUGGUUAUUGUAAGAGAUCUUUUUAUUCAGUCAUAUGAGUUUUCUGUCUGUGAGAAACAUAAGGCAUAUUUUAAUCGAACAUUUAGAUAUUCUUGUUAUA